AUGAAGAUCAAAGCCCUCAGCCGGGCAACCUCGACUCAACAAGCGCCGGGAUCCGAUGUCCAGCGCGCGCCGCGCAAUCUCGCCCCGGAAAUCCACCCCUUCGAACGAGCUCGGGAAUACCAAAGAGCCCUCAAUGCGGUCAAGCUAGAACGCAUGUUCGCCAAGCCCUUCCUCGGCCAGCUAGGGAGCGGUCAUGUUCAGGGCGUGUAUAGCAUGUGCAAGGACAAAAACUCCCUCAACUCAGUGGCUUCGGGGUCCGGCGACGGCGUCAUAAAAGUCUGGGAUCUCACGACACGCGAUGACGAGACCUGGCGUACAGCUGCGCACUCCAAUAUCGUCAAGGGCUUGACCUUCACCAACGACAAGAAGCUCCUCUCGUGCGCUACUGACGGUAUCAAGCUGUGGGACCCCUACAGCGCGUCCAAAGACACCACACCGAUUGCAACUUGGCAAGAGGGCGGGCCGUACACAUCGUUGUCCGUUCACAGAACUGGGAACGUUUUUGCCAGUUCGUCGGGCGCCGGGUGCAUCCGGGUCUGGGAUCUUGACCAGAGCACCGCCGCACAAACAUUACAGUGGCCCAACUUCACGGAUACCAUUACCGAUGUUUGCUUCAACCAAGUUGAGACAUCCGUCAUUGGCUCCGUUGCCACCGACCGCUCUCUCAUCCUCUUCGAUUUGCGGACAAACAUGCCUGUCAUCAAGACGGUGCUCCAGUUCGCGGCCAACCGUAUCGUCUUCAACCCGAUGGAAGCUAUGAACUUGGCUGUAGCGUCAGAAGACCACAACAUCUAUGUUUUCGAUGCCAGGAAUUUCAAUAGGGCGCAGAACAUCCACAAGGGCCACGUUGCGGCUGUAAUGGAUGUUGAGUUCUCCCCCACUGGCGAGGAGCUGGUUAGCGGUUCUUAUGACCGAACCAUCCGGAUCUGGCGCCGCGACCAGGGCCAGUCCCGCGACAUCUACCACACCAAGCGCAUGCAGAGGGUAUUCCGGACCAUGUGGACCAUGGACUCCAAGUACCUCCUCAGCGGAAGCGACGACGGCAACCUCCGGCUAUGGCGUGCCAACGCGUCGGAGCGCAGCGGUGUCAAGUCGACCAAGCAGCGGCAAGCGCUCGAGUACAACAGUGCGCUCAUGGAGCGGUACUCGCACAUGCCCGAGAUCAAGCGCAUCCGCCGCCACCGCCACCUGCCCAAGGUCAUCAAGAAGGCGGGCGAGAUCAAGCGCGACGAACUGGGGGCCAUCAAGCGGCGCGAGGAGAACGAGCGCAAGCACUCGGACAAGAAGUUCCAAAAGCGCGUGGGUGAGCGGGAGAAGGCGGUGUUGGUCAAGCAGCAAUAA